GACGCGCGCGCGGGCGGAGGACUCGGGGUUCCGCUCCAACGCCAUGAGUUUCAAGGUCGCGGGCGGCGGGCCGUCGACCAGUCUCGACGGGGGUGGGCGGAAGAACGUGAAGUACAGAGAUGUCAGUAGACACCGGAAUUUGAAGGAAUUGAAGCAGCAGAGCAACACGACGAGGUUCGAAAACAAAAUCCCGUUCCAAAACACCUUCAACCGGACGAAGGUCGCGCGGGUGCGGACGGAGAAGGCGGCGCUCACCGGCCAGGGGGACGAUCAACUGAACGAUAUCUCGGAGACACUCGCGCGAUUAUCCGGCGUGCACACAAAGCAACCUAGUGCAGGGAAUGAUCUUCACGGGCAACAUGCCCAAAACGCCGACCUGACCGAGGCGGAGAAGCACGCGAAGAUGGAGUCGGAAGCGCGGACGUUUACCCAGUCCAGGUUCCGGGCGGAGGCUUUGUCCAAGCGGCAGAUCAAGAUCUGGUCGAACACGUUAAGGCAGCCGAUCGUGAAGCUCGAGAAGGAAACGCCCUUGUUAAACGACUUGCGCGACCACCUGGAGCAGAUGUACGGAGGCUCGGUUCGCUCGUGGUUCGAGGGGGUUUUGGGGUUGAACUAUCUGGACAUUUUCAAAUUUUACCAGGAUGACGAGAAGCAGCAUUUACACUACGCGUUGCUCGGCGGGCGGAAAUCUAGAUCAUUGCUAACCCGGCAGGCCGACCGCGCGCGCGCGCACGCGAUCUCCUUCACGAAGAACCAAACGGGGAACCACAUAUGGAUUGCAAAAAUGUCUGGGUCUGGAAGAUUCUGAACUUGUAAUGCUGUCUCUGGAUAAAAACAAAAUUUGUAUUGCAUGACCAGUAAGAGGAGUAGCUUUUGUGCUCCGCGGAGAUGGCAUUUGUCAUGCGGAAUAGGCAUGAGGAAGCGCUCUAAAAAUCUGUGAUGCUACGGCAUGCAUCACAGACGUCAUUGGUCAUGGAAAAUUUGCAUGACAAAUCUAGAAAUCUUCCAGACCCAGACAUUUUGACAUUUGAUACCACACCGUCGGGAACAGCUCGAACAAACCCGGGAUGGCGCAGUUCUCCGUCGGCGGAGGAUCUACUCCGGGGCUGCAGUCCACCAGUAAUACUGGGCAGGGCGGGGGAAUGUGGGACAGCAUCGUGAUUUCCCAAGAUCUAUCAAAAUGAAAAAUCCCCCCUCCCCAUAUCGAAAAGGAAGUUUCUGAUGCUGGAUUUGCGUAUACAAAUCAGGUUUGUCUUGCAGUAGAGGACUGCAGGCUCCUGCCAAGCCUGAGUAGAGAGCUUUUGGCCUAGGCGCCUUGCAUGAAAAACGACUAUGCUGUAGGCCCAAGAGCAUCACAAACCGCCUGCAUAAUGCGGCAGAGCCUGUGGAGUUGUCUUCUUGCAAGACAGAUGUGAUUUGUGACCUCAAAUCCGCAACACAAAUUUUUGAAAACAUACCUUUUCGAUAUGGGGAGGGGGGAUUUUGCCUCUCAAUAAGAUCCGGAAUCCGAUAUCCAGCAGGGCAGAGCCGUUUCGACGAUAACCGGGAUUAAGCGGUACUUGUACAUCGGGGAGUUCAUCCACCAGCUCGCGAACCGGUUCGGCUUCCUCUACACGGUCAAGGACGUGAAGGAGGCGCUAGAACUGGAGGAGUGGGAGAACACGGUCUCUGUCGCCGAGUGGGCGCCGGAAGAGAUUUGCGUGGUUUUGAACCUUCGCGACUCCUUACGGGCGAAAUACGGAGAAUGCAAGAACGUGCUGCAGAUGUGGCACAAGAAGCGGUCGUUCACAUUAGAAGCCUGGUGCUACUUCAUGAAAACAGCACUCGGCUACAACGACGAAGACGAGGCCACCGCGAUGAUCACGAUGGCGAUUUUACAGGAGUAUCCCGGGUCGCAUCUCUACACGGAGAACUUUGCCUGGCUGGACGAUUUCGGGACCCUGGAGGAAAUGGAGCCGGAGAUGAUGCAGCGGCGACUGUUUGACAACGAAAGCAACCGGCGGAAGGAGCACGACUACGGCAUGAACCACAUUCCGCCGCUGAACCGGAAGUGGCAGGCGAUCUACAAGGACUUGUACAUGGGGAACUACAAACAGCGGCUCCAGGGUGAUUUUGAGCAGUUCAGCUCGAGCCGCAUGACGGCCGCGGAGGUGAUCAGCGAGAUCGACGAGCAGGCGCACCAGCAGGAGGAGCACACCAUUCUGAUCCAAACCGGCGCGGUCGGGGGGCGGCGCGUGGACAUGCCGACUUUGACGGAAAUGCCGAAGAUGUUCAUGUACGAGAAGAAUGCACAGGGCCGGUUUGUGGAAAUUUGGAAAUUGGACAAAGAAAACUACAACACGACGUACGUCCCGUUGUCCGGGGAGGAGCAGUGGAAAUUGCUGAACCAAUGCGUGUUGAACAAGUACGACUCCUGGUACAAGGGUCUCCGCGACAUGCAGAGCCAGGUGGCGAACAUGACGCCGAUCAGCAGCAUUUCGAUGAAGGAGCUGGUGCAGAUGUGCAAUUGUCUCGGUGUGCAGGCUUUACAAGUCUCCGUCAUCGUCCAGUAUUUAGCGCAGGAUUCCCUCGCCACCUUCGGCUUCCGGAAGAUCGCGCCGAAGGAGAUGUCCGCCCUGUUGCAGUUGCACGACUCCAUUUUGAUCGAGUACGGGUCCACCUGGACCUCGUUGCUGAAACUCUGGACGGAUUUAUUGCAAGCGGAAGUUCCGUCCUGCUUGAGUUUCGGCGGGGAGGGGAAGGAUUUGGCUGCGCUGCCGGACUUCAUCGUGAAAAAGGAGACGUUCGUGAAUGUGAUGGUGCGGAAAUUACACUUGCGGAAUUCUGUGGCGAAAAAGAUUUUCACCAUGUUGUACCAGAAGAACGGGGGCGUGGUGCUCGCGGACUUGGUCUUUUUUCUCGGGUUCAUGAAGAAGAACCGCGCGGGGUCGAGCCGGGAAGACCAGGAACAUGGCUCCGCGAUUUUGAAGUUUUUCGUCGUAUUGCGACAGUCCGCGAAAGAGAACACCACGGCCGGUGCGUGGCGGGAAUUUUUGGACCAAACCUCCAAGGGGUACGUGACCUGGACGGAGUUCAUUUUUGGCUGCAAAAUGUGCGGGUUCAAGGGGUUCGAAUUGCUGCGCGUGUGGCGGCACCUACUCGCUUUCAAAACGGAGCAGCGGUUGACGUACGGGCAUUUCGAUACCGAGGGGUUCAAAUUCUACAAGAAGUUCCGGAUGGAGGUGGUCCAGUACGAAAAAGCGCUUUCGCGGGAAGAGUCAAUCGCGCGGGGGCUUUUGUCCUCAGAGGAAAAUGUCGUGGCGAAUGUCGUGGGGGAAAAGAAAUCUUCGUCCGCUGGGGACCACAAAAGUGACAAGCACAAACCUGGUUCAUCUGGUGACGACGGUACUAAGCAGUUGAAGCCCAAAGAUUUGGACAAGGAGGAGGGGAAAGCGCACUCCGUGCACCACAGCAAGUUCGAGAACUGUAUUCGGAGGAAUUUGAUCCGGGUCUUGGAUUCCGACUGGUUUUUGAAUCGGAUCCUCCGCUCCGGGAUCUCGCGGCCCAUCGGGCAAAGUGCGGGAGCAGGGGAUGAACAAGGUACGGGAGAUGGCAGUUCUAGAAGCAGUUCUUUUGUCCAGUUAAUACCAAACCAGCCCUUAACGGUGCUGUCCGGCAGGUACGGGACCGCCAGUCCCACCGGACAGGCGCAGGGAAGCCUUUUGAGAACCGGCGACGUCGCCAAGAUGUCAAGUCGCAAGGAGUUAGAAGAGCAACGAGCGCUGAUCUCGGCGGAGAAGCAGAUUGCGAGAAGCAUCACCGCCCUGACCGGUUCCGACGGGCUGGUUCUGCCGAAAAAAGGCGCCUCGGCGAGCAAGUCCUUUGGCCUAGAAGACGGAUCCUCUUCCCUCAAAAAAGCGGGCCAGAAGAUCGGGAGGGAGCAGCUGAAGAUGAUGAAGGACGCGGCUUCGGAGUCGAAGGAUCAGAUCGUGAAGAAGCAGAGCGAGAAGAAAAUGGAGCGGAAUUACGAAAAGCUGCGGCGUGGGAAGAAGAAGUUGAAGAAGCUAUCCCGUGUAAAAGCAUCCCCACCCCAGAGUUGUCAUGCAAUUCUGCAUGCCAAAAAAGAUUCUCAUGCGGAGCCCUAUGAGAAGCGUUUUCUAUUCGUGUUUUGGGAUUUGUGAUGCUAGGAUCAGCAUGCUAUGCUAGAUCUGUGAUGCUUCUGAGCUAGCUAAACAGGAUGACACUACGAGGACAAACUUGUCAUGCCAAACAACCAAAGCUGUGUGAUUUGUCUAGCAGACUUCCCAUCUUGACUCUGGUGUGGGGACGUUUUUAAUCAGGAUAGAAGCGGCUGGGAAAGAAUUUAGAGGAGUUGGAGGAGAAAGAAGAUGAGUCGUGGAAGUACAUGUACAGUAUCAAAACCGCCUACAAGACGAAAAAAGCGCAACUGCAGGAGGAGGAAAGGGAAAUGACGCGGAUGCGAAUCAAGUCCGUGUUGGCGAAUCUGAUGGAGACCUCGAAUGCCGGUGGUUUGAUGCCCAAAAAUGCAAAUGCGUCUCUGUAUCGCGGAGCGAAUGAUCCUAGCAAAAAUCCAAACAGCAAAUACGGUAUCGACCCCUACCUCUUAGAAAUCGACGACGAGCGGCUGAUGUGCGAGAUUUUCGAGCGCAUGGGCGCGGACGCGACCGGGAAAGUGUCGAUCAUGGGGAAGAAAGAGGGUCUACGAAGAAUGCGGAUCAAACUCCUCGAGUGGUGUGCGGGCGAAAAAAUCGUCGAGGCCGGGCACGAAAUCGACCAGGCACAGGGUGCUAAUCAGGAAAACGAUCUAGACGACGAGGAGGAAGAAGACUCCGAAUCCGGGGGCAGUCUGGACGGACACAAAACCACAGCUUCGGGUGGGGACAAGGACAGUGAAAAUGCUGUGAAAGGAGAGAGUAACAAACCGAUGUUCUAUCCCGAGAAGAGAACAACCACGAAGAUGAAUUGUGUCUCUGUGAACAAGAGUAAAAACGCGGAUGGUAGAAGUUCAUCUUUGAACAGAAAAUCUCUACUAUCUCCUGCUAAAGUCCUCUCCGCCGAGUUGUCAAAGAAGGCGAAAAGGAGGCAGCGCGAAGCGGAAGAAUUAGAUGCGGCGCUCGAAGAAUACGGGCAGGAAAAUGGUGACCUCCCAAGCAGCUCGCCGUACGCGAAAAUCGAGAACAAAACCUUGCAAAUCAUUGAAGAGCAGCUGAAGCCGUACGAUGACGCGCCUGAUUAUGAGCCGUUGAUCGUCUUGACCCAGAAGCAAAAGAACGACGCGAGGUGGUUCUUUACCCGCGGGGAUAAAAAUAGUCAGGCUCCGGCCACCGCUGAAGAUUCCUCCAACUUUCUUUUCCUCCCCGACGAAGGCGAGACCACUAAGCCACACAGUGUGAAGAAGAAAUCUUCCAAGGACCCCAAUAAAAGCGCGAAGAGCAAAAAGCAAGCCUCGAAACUCAAACAGCAGAUGCAGGAGGACCAGGACAGCAGCAAUCCGCUGCACCAAUUGAAAAAGCUGAUGGAGGAAAAGAGAAAAGAGGUCGAGGAACAGACCCGACUGAAGCAGCAACACGCGGCGCUGCAAGGCGAGAACAAGAACCCGUUGUCGCACACCCACAUGAAAAACGAGGACGCGUUUUCGAAGACGAAGAUGAUGGUGUACUACCCGUUACUACUGCUUGAUUUCGACUUCUGGGACAGCAAAGUGUGGGAGUUCAAGUCCACCGAUGAGGGACAAUCCUUAGCGAAGAAAUCCUCUCGGACGCGCGAGAAGGAGACGUUUCGCAAGGACAAACUGGAUUUCCAAACGGACCCGAACGCGGACAAAUCCGAAUUCUUUUUCGCGAAGGAGAAGAUCGGGAAGCUGUCGUUGCAGAAGUUGAAAGAAGACCAGGAACUGGUGGAUAUCCUGAGGAAAAACGUUCCCACCCCAGAGUUGUCAUGCAGAUUUGCGAUGACAAGGACAUUUGUGAUGCGCAUACCCACGGUAGACAUUUUCAAUCGUGUUUUGGAAUUUGUGAUGCUGUGAACAGGGUAAUGAGAUGGAUCUGUGAUGCAGCUGUACUUGCUAACCUGCACUACACUACGGAGUGCAACUUGUCAUGCGUGACUCCAAGAAGUCCUAGGUUUGUGUUGCAAAAUCCCCAACUUGACUCUGGUGUGGGGACGUUUUUACUCAGGAUAGUGGAAGAGGAGAACGAAAAGGUUCUGAAAGACGAGCUGACCAGCCACGAGGAGGCGGUCAUCGAGGGACACAUGCAGGUCCAGUCCGGGGGCUUGGAUACCAACUACUUGCUGCAAUUGGAAAACCAGAAGAGAAAGAGCUGCCGCGAAAUCGUGUUGGACGAAGUGCACAAACUCGCGGAUCAACUGCAAAACGACGAUAGUGCUACUUUUAAGAGCAACCCUUUCAAGACCACGACCAAAGAGAGAAAACAAUUGGCGAUCAAAGCCGUAAGUGACAAAGUGGUCCAGAGUCUCCAAAGUUCUGUCUCCGAGUUGCCUGUUUUAGCCUACACGCAGAACAAAACACUUUUAUCGCCGGUGAUGAAGGCAAUUCAGUACCGCGGGGAGAAACUUGGUUUACGGGUGGUUUCCCACGCAGAGCGCGACAUGUCGCACAUGGAAGAGUUGCAUGAAAUUUCGCUUGCGGCCGCGAAGGCGGAGGAGAGGAGGAAUGCAAGGGACAGCAGGAUCUCGACGAGAGGAUCAGCACCAAUUGGGAGUAGUAGACCACAAACUGCUGCUACGGAUCAUGAAGUAGAUGAGUCCUCUGUUAUGAAAGAAGAAAAACAACUCCUCGAGAUGGACGAAUCUUACCACAUGCGCGCCCUGCACGACUCGGUCCGGGAAAGGUUCUGGGACCGGUCGGAACGGCAGUUUGUGACCGAGAUGCUGAGAGGGAAAGUCACGUGGCAAGAGCUCCGGGAGUGGUUUGGCGGAAGUGGUAAGAAUUAUGGUUCGGCGAUGCAAAGCCAGCAGAUGCUGCGUAAUGGUCUGUUCCUCACCGACCUGAUUAUCAACUACAAACUGCAAAAUCUAGACGGAAGCGAGGCGCGCACGAAUUUGGAAAAGGAUAAGCAGCAGAGGAUUCUUCUGCGAACCAGACUCGCCGAUCAGAAAGAUUUCGGCACGAAGUCCUUCGAGUCGGCGGUGAGAAUCACGGAACAAGCGGUGGAAUAUUUCCAGCGGACCCUCCGGAAGAACAAACACCUGAAAAAUUCCGCGCAGCGGGAAUUUUCCUUCUUAGAGCACAAGAAAAAGCUCGUCAACUUCGCGAAAAAGCAGUUGUUGCAGGAGUGGCUGACUCGGUUUGACAGAAUUCUACUUCCGAGAUUGGAGGAAAACGCGCUGACGUCGUUUGAAACCUUCCACAACAUGCGAAUGGGUGUAAGAACUGCGGCCGGGGGAGGAGUAGACGCAGCUUCAAGCAACGGCAACCAGAACAUAAUCACGGACAAUAGGAAAAUAAAAGCGGGCAACAAGCAGAAGCAAGCGAGAGACACUAGCACCCAGAAUGCUGGUGCAAGCAGUUCUGCCGACCCGGAGGCGCUGAAGGAGAAGGGAUUGAUUGAACUGAAGUCGCACUUGAAAACCUCUUCCAACAAGACCAACAUCGUGAAGCAGCCACUCCACCUCGAGCCGAUCGACCCGCGGUGGGUCGGGGAAACUGCCUGGGUUUUGAAACCGAAGGACCUGGAGGACAAGGGUACAUCGAACCAGCAUAAAACCGACGGCACUUCUUUGACCGGAAUCUUAUCCAACGCCCGCCGCUCCGCGAAGCGGUCCUCUCUUCUUGCCGGAGAGCAGAUGGGUGGCAAGUCUCAAGACCCUAUGCUGCAAAAUAUUAGCGAUGGCACAGCUCGCGACACAUAUUUGCAGCAUCUUGACGCUGUUACCGACGAGGAGCACUACAAGUCUCUGAAGAAGAUACGACUAGACCAGGAGCAGCAGCACAGCGCGCACAUGCUCGUUGGCGUGGACUUGGAUCGGGGAUUGCUCAAUUUCGACAACUCUUUUGCAGCAACAAGUGGUACCAGUCCCACGGGUGUUGUCGAAGAAGAAGAAGAUGGCCUUGAAGACGGUGGGAAUAGCGAUCUAGAUUUAUUCCUAGAAGACCCUGGGAUGCUGCAUGGCGUGAGUUACGACCAUGACGGAACAGCAGCAGCUUCUGGUGGCAAUCUUUCUCGCGCGUCGACAGGUGGUGGACUUAGCAACAACUACAACAGAUCUUCGCAGCUGUCCUCGAAAGGAAAUAAGUUCACAACGGGAAACACCUUCAACCCCCGGCUGUUACCGACCGCGGGGUACCAGGAGAUCGUUUCGGCGAAGCGAGUGCAACUGCAACCAGAGGAUUUAUUUUACACAACAGGAGCUGCAGACGACAGAAAUCAUGACACGAUCGCAGAUCCAGCGAUCUUCGAUUCGUUCGCCACCAUAGCGGCGGAAAGUGAGGAUGAAGAGGUACAACUAGAUCAUGCUUCUCCUAAUGCGCCCAGAAGUACAACAUCUGCAAAGUCCACCUUAGCAGCUGCACAUCAACCAGCAUCGACCAGAACACCUGCGUCCUCGUCCGCAACUCCUGCUUCCAAAAAUCACAAGCAGUACUGGGCUGACCCUCGCGAGCUGGUCCAUCUCCUUCCCAACAGCCGGUUCCCCGGCGCGGGGACCAACAUUUUGAAGAAGGUGGACAUCAAAACGCUGAAAAUUUCCAAGUCCAAGCAAGCCGCCUCGAACUUCACGAACAGCGCGAGCUUCUUCAACCGGGACAAACUGCUCAACGCGCCGAAAACGGACCGCAUGCUGAUCUUCGAAUCUGCGGCCGAGCACGACCGCGACGUCGUGCUGUCCUACCAGGAGAUGCUGGCGGAGUGGAUCCUCGGGCCGCUGCUGAAGCCCUCGCGGCACAUUUUCAAGUCGCAGAGCGAGAUCAAGCACCGCGAAUUCUUGGAAAAAACCCCCGACGUUUUCAGCAAGCGCGCCACGGAGAAGAUGAAAACGGGGCUGAGUCAGAAGGUGAAGCAAAAACACGCGGUUGACACCGGGUUAGUGCAGUUUUUAGAGCACCACGAACUCCACGACCUCCGGGCGAUCUUGGAGGCGGAUAUCCACAGUAAAUUUCCCGUACACGUACACAUGCGGUCUUUACAUGACAAAAAUUGGCUUCGAUCCUAGUCUAGCAUGACAAGUUUCACGCUUCAAAUUGGUGAAAUUUGUAAUGCAUCUUGUACAUGCACGGGAAAUUUGUAUUGCAUAGCGGAGCUGCUGCAAGACGUGAGCUCGAACAGCCUCCCGGAAAACGAACAGCAAGUGGUGGAGAAAGCGAAUGAGGUGAUGAAUAGCGCCGAAUCUUCAUCAUCUUUCACAUCCGCCGUGACGAUUCAGCAGAUGAUCACGAAUCUCUCCGAGCAGAUUACGCCGAUCUUGGAUCCCCGCGUCGCCCAGUCGAACACGAACCAGGCGCAAUCGAAUUCGUCCAAGUCGUUGAACACCGAAAUCCUCCCCGACGUGAUCGAGGUCUACGCGCACGGGGCGGCCUUGAUCCUGCACAAGAUGGAGAAGCGGAUGAACAUCUUGAAACCCGUAGUAUUACGGCUGCAAACCUGGUGGCGGCAGAAGCAGGCAGCGAUCAAGACGGCGGAGCUGCGGAAGCGGAAAUUGAAACUCGUGAAACAGAAAGUUCUGAACUACGUGAAGCACACGGCGCUGCCCGGGAAGUUUUUGUCCGAAAAGUUGUUAUCGGAAGAGAGACGGAAAAGCAUGCACAACCGCCGGGCGGGCGCGAACGCGACGCAGGAGUUUCACGAUAGCGCUGUCGAGGGUUCCGUGAUGCUCUCAAAUAAAUCCAAGCCAAACUCGUUGGGAGGAAAAGCGGUCAACAAAACUGCGCAGGAAACAGUAGAACCAGAGAAGGGAGCAGCAGCUGCUGCUGCCGAGGGGGAGCAAGUAAAGCGAAUUGCUCCUACGGAGGUAGCACAGGGUUUGGAUGAAGACAAUUUGAAGAACCGCGUCACAGAAGCCGCACCAGAGGCGCAGCCGCGCAUGACGGCGAUUGGCGGGCUGGCGCCCACGGCGCAGAGCUUGUUUGAAGAUCUGCUGUGAGCAUAGUGUUUUCAAUCUUGAGGUCAUCUAGAGUUUUACUUUGACAUCACCUUUUAUUUUUUGAAUUUUGCAAACAGCCCGUCUUUGUACCAUUUCCACCUCUUAUUUUUUGAAUUUUGCAGACAGCUCGUUCAUGAUGGUGUCCACCUUUUAUUUUUUGAAUUUUGCAAAGCAUACGAUUACUUUUUUGUUUUUCGUAGCCAUUGCCGGCCAAGCUGAUUUUUUGAAUUUUGCAUGUGAUUUUUUUGUUCCUUUGAUUCCAGCAAAUGUUAUGCCCCGAGGCUACCCCACCGAAAAUGUAAGGUUUCUUGCUGCUAUUCGUAUUCACCCAGGAAUGGAUCUCAUUUAUUUGUCCGUGCUAGCAUUAAUUUGAAAACGGAAA